AUAUUAUAUUAUAUUCAGGAAUGGUUUAGAUGUUCUGUGGUUUUAUACAUGUAUUGCAGCUGUUAUCCUCAGCACCUCGGCUGUUUCUGUGCUCCUGCAGUGUUUUGUUUCUGUACAGGAGUAGUGUUUUGAGAGCUAACACCGUCGCUGAUGAAGCUGUCAGUGAAUUCGAGGCAUCAGAGUGUCACGUUUUCAAAUGUUUUCUAUUUAGCCAGCUAACGUUAGCUGUUAAAGAUCUGUGAGAUCUUGGUUUUAAACCAGAGAUUUAAUUUCUCUGGAUUCAGCAGAUAACAGCGGUUAGCAUCCCGGUUAGUUAGCAUGUAGCUAGCUAAAUAUCUGGGUUAGAUCAUGAAGGAACUUGCAGCUGGUAAAGUGUAACACGUGAUUAAACACAAUUUCUUGCUCUAUUGUGUGUCAAAGCAAGUUUAACAACAUUUUUUCAGCUAGAAUCCUUCAGAUUUUUACUCAGUUAUUCAUGUCAAAGCGCAUAGAUGAGAUGAGAAUGGAUUAGAUUCAGCUUUAUUGUCAUUGUGUACAAGUGCAAAGCAAACAGUUAGCAUCUAACCAGAAGUGCAAACAGCAAAGUAGCACUGAGGAGAUACUCAGAUGAGGGAAGAUGAGAGUAAAGUGCAAGUGACAAAACAAUGCAAAUGGCAUGAUGUACGCUACAUGGCCAAAAGUAUGUGCACCCCUGACCAUCACACCCAUUCGUGCUUGUUGAACAUCUCAUUCCAGAUUUAUUCUCCUUUGCUGUUAUAAUGAGCUCCACUCUUCUGGGAAGCUUUCCACUAGAUGUUGGAGCGUGGCUGUGGGGAUUUGUGUUCAUUCAGCUACAAGAGCAUUAGUGAGGUCAGGCGCUGAUGUUGGGAUGUCGAGGAGGUCUGGGGUUCAGUCGGUGUUCCAGUUCAUCCCAAAGGUGUUCAGUGGGGUUGAGGUCAGGGCUCUGUGCAGGACACUCGAGUUCUUCCACUCCAACCUUCACGCACCAUGUCUUCAUGGAGCUCGCUUUGUGCACAGGGGCAUUGUCAUGCUGGAACAGGUUGGAGCCUCUUAGUUCCAGUGAAGAGAAAUUGUAAUGCUAAAGCACACAAAGACAUUCUAUACAACUUUGCGGCAGCAGUUUGGAGAAGAGUCACAUAUGGGUGUGAUGGUCAGGGGUGCACAUACUUUUGGCCAUAUAGUGUAAACAUAGUAAACAUGAGUCCAAAGACAUGGAUAAAUGUAAUGCAAGACAGUAGAGGACAAUUGAACAUACAGUAAGUGCAAAUGGAAGGUGUAUAAGUUGAUAUAUCAGGGGAUUACACCAUUAGCACUAACUACUAGUGUAGUUCAGUAACCGUGAAGCUAAAAGGAGCAGUGAGAAGUUAUGACAGAGGAAUUUCUCCAAUUUUCUUCAUCAUGACCAAACUUCUGGAGUGGCUUCUGGGUGUGUCGCUGGUUGCCGUUGCCUGGGGACUUGUGACCUUUGACCUUCUUGGCUUGCAGUUGCCCGCUGUGUACAAGGAGGUGGCUUGGCCCAUGCCUGUGUACCUGCUGGUGGUGUUUGGGUGUUAUUCUCUGGCAACAGUCGGUUACAGAGUAGCCACGUUUAACGACUGCGAAGAUGCAGCCAGAGAGCUGAAGGCGCAGAUACAAGAGGCUAAAGAGGACUUAAAGAAGAAGGGCCUGAAGAUGUGAGGACUUUGUUGGAAAUGGUGGACGUUGCUGGACUGUAAUAGACCCCCUUUCUGACUCAGCUAUGCUCUUUUUUUGUGUCUCUGUGACUUUCUCCUGUUUGUUAUACAUUUCUGACUUGAGACACUGAGAGAUCACCCGGGAACCAUCCUAAAAUGUCAGUACCUGAAAUCAGAUGUAGAUGUUCUUUUGAAUUUUUCUUCAAAUGCAGUGCACAUCAUUAUAGCAGUCCAUAUAAAAUUAUAUAAACAAAUGUCUAGAAUGGAAAUGUAGAAUGUGCUGAACUGGCUUCUCCAAAUGGAGACGUCUCUGUGAUUUAUUAUUAUUUUUUUUAUGUAUUUUUGGUGUCCCAGAAGUCAGAAGAAUCAGAAUUUGGAGUCAGACUAACUAACAACGUGGUUGCACAGCGUCAUGCUUGUGUGAGUUGACUGUGGCGUACGCUCGGCCCUAGCAGCACUCGAUACAGGGUUGAUUUUUAACAAGCUUGAUAAUAGGAUACUAUUGUUCUAGAAAUACACACACUGGGGCAAAGGAAUGUCUGCAGCAGAAAAAAGUCAGCGCCAUGUUACUGUUUUAAGUUACUGCAGCUGAUUGUGUAAUCCAUAUACAUGAACUAGUGCCUGUAUUCACAAAGCAUCUUAACAUGGGAGGGAGUGCUGAUUUCAGAUCCUGUGUUUUACUACAUGGGGAAGGGAACCUGGUCCGGUCACUAAAAGGUUUUAUGAAUAUUACCUCUUGCAUGGGUUUUUUUUUUGGGUUGUUGCUUUCUGUUGGAAACUGUUAGAAGAGUCUCCUAAUUUCCCUAACGGCUGUUUUUUUUUUGUCACUGUAUUGAAUGGGUAAAAUCUGAGUGGAAAACUAGACUGCAUUCCAUAUGUAACUACACUGUGUUCUAAAUUUAGUCCAAAUGUUUAAUACAGAUUAUUUACGA